AUGGUGAAGGUGAUGGUGAAGGUGAUGGUGAAGGUGAAGGUGAUGGUGAAGGUGAAGGUGAUGGUGAAGGUGAAGGUGAAGGUGAAGGUGAAGGUGAAGGUGAAGGUGAUGGUGAAGGUGAUGGUGAAGGUGAAGGUGAUGGUGAAGGUGAAGGUGAAGGUGAUGGUGAAGGUGAAGGUGAUGGUGAUGGUGAAGGUGAAGGUGAUGGUGAAGGUGAAGGUGAUGGUGAAGGUGAUGGUGAAGGUGAAGGUGAUGGUGAAGGUGAAGGUGAAGGUGAUGGUGAAGGUGAUGGUGAAGGUGAAGGUGAUGGUGAAGGUGAUGGUGAAGGUGAUGGUGAAGGUGAAGGUGAUGGUGAAGGUGAAGGUGAAGGUGAAGGUCGUGCCUGGGAUUUAUGGCACAAACGCCUCCGAGUUGUUUUACAAGGAAUGCCGAGCCUCGGAUCACUGCCUGGGAGGUUAUCUGACGGUCAGCAUCGAGCCGCUGCCGCCGGUGGUGGUGGGAGACGCCGUCACCCUCAAAUGCAACUUCAAAACCGACGGGAAAAUGCGGGAGAUCGUCUGGUACCGGGUCACUGACGGCGGCACCAUCAAGCAGAAGAUCUUCACCUUCGAUGCCAUGUUUUCCACCAACUUUUCCCAGAUGGAAAACUACCGGAAGCGGGAAGACCUCGUUUACCAAUCCACCGUGCGCCUUCCCGAGGUCCGGAUCUCGGACAACGGUCCCUACGAGUGCCACGUCGGGAUCUACGACCGAGCCACGCGGGAGAAGGUGGUCCUGGCAUCCGGGAACGUGUUCCUGAACGUGAUGGCUCCCCCGACGUCCAUCUCGGUGCUGGCCGCCGACACCCCGGCGCCCUUCAGCCGCUACCAGGCGCAGAACUUCACCCUGGUGUGCGUGGUGUCCGGCGGGAAGCCCGCGCCCCUGGUGUACUUCAAGAGGGACGGGGAGCCCAUCGAGGCCACCCCGAUGCCGGAGCCGCCGGCCGGCGCCGGCAUCUGGGCCCCCCGGAACCUCCCGCAGCGCGACCUGGACGACACCAAACCACCGGAAUCGCCGGCCGCCGACGGCCAGCGGGGAGCGGGGAUCGCCUUCCCCACUCCGGAUCCGCCGCGGGGGCUGGCGGCCGAGCGGGAUUGGGUGACGGAGAGCAUUCCCGAGACGGUGGUGAGCCGGGAAUUCCCGCGCUGGGUGCACGUGGCCGAGCCCAUCUAUUACCUCCGGCACACGCAGGCGCCCGUCAGCGACGGCACGGUGGAGGCCCGCGCCACGCUCACCUGGACCCUGAACCCGCAGAUCGACAACGAGGCGCUCUUCAGCUGCGAGGUCAAGCACCCGGCGCUCUCCAUGCCCAUGCAGUCCGAGGUCACGCUCGUUGCUCCCAAGGGUCCGAAGAUCACGAUGACCCCGACGAGGGCGCGCGUGGGGGACACGGUGCGGAUCCUGGUGCAGGGCUUCCAGAACGAGGUGUUCCCGGAGCCGCUCUUCACCUGGACGCGGGUGGGGAGCCGGCUCCUGGACGGCAGCGCGGAGCACGACGGGAAGGAGCUGGUGCUGGAGCGCGUCCCGGCCGAGCUCAACGGCUCCAUGUACCGCUGCACGGCCCAGAACCCGCUGGGCUCCACCGACACCCACACCCGCCUCAUCGUCUUCGAAAACCCCAACAUUCCCAGGGGACCAGAAGACUCCAACGGUUCACUUCCCGGCCACUGCGGCUUCAGACUCGUCUUGGCGCUCACCCUGACAGUGAUCCUGGAGCUCACGUGAAGCUUCACCGCCUCUUCCUUCUCCUCUUCCACCUCCAUCCAUCCGGCUCCUCCCGGCAUUCCCGCCUCCAACCGUCGGGCUUCCCGCUCUCUUUUUUUUGUUUUCUAUACUCUCGACACAGUCUCGGUCUCUUUCCGUGUCUCGGCUUCCUCAGACGAUCGAAUAAAAGGGAAAAAGGAAAACCUC